AUGUGCAAUAGCAGCUGUCCUCUGAUUGGAAAGCCUGCAGCCUACAUCUGGUACAAGAACAGAGAGUUUCUCUAUGAGGACUGGUCUCCCUGGUACCAAGAGCUGCUCAGCAGUGAGGAAGCAGUCACAUACUCCUGUGCUGUCAAAGGCUACGAGGAUCUCAGAGCCCCUGAAGUCUCUGUGGAUUCCAUCACACAGACCUGCUUCAGUGUGACUUAUGCUUAUGGAAACAUUUGUUCUUAUAAACAGACAUCAGUCGAUGAACCGUGCUCCAUCACAUACCCCAGACAGGUUCAUGUUCAAAGAGCUUCUUCCAUCUCCGGGUUUGUCACACUGACCUGUAACACCAGCUGUAACCUGACUGAUGAUCAAACUGUCUUCAUGUGGUAUCACAACAAACAAAACUAUCAUGAGAAUCAACAUUAUUCAACUCAAAAAUCUUCAAAUGACACAUUCUCUUGUACAGUUAAAGGUCACAAACAUCUUCAAUCUAAGGAAGUUUGUGUUCAGGAUAAAAACUGCUGGAGAGUGAAUUAUGUCAGCAGGAGAAUCUGUGCUCUGGAAGGAUCUUCAGUGAACAUCACAAGUGAAUACUCACAUCCUGAUAACAUGAAGCCAGAGUUUAAAUGUUGGAGUAAAAAAUGGAGAAAAGAUAAAGUGGAAGUUGAAGAGCUGAUUGAGGCUGCAGGUCGUGUGGAGUAUCAGGACAACAUGAAGAACCAACACAUCCUGACCAUCAACAACCUGAAGAAGAAUGACUCAGGAGGAUACACAUUCAGAUUCAAGAAAGAUCAUACAAGAUGGACACAGUCUGAUCUGCCUGGAGUCUUUUUGAUUGUCACGGAGUUGAGAGUGAAGAUGAGUCCUUCUGCAGUGGUGACAGAGGGUCAGAGAGUCACACUGACCUGCAGUACCAGCUGUCCUCUGACUGACAACACAAACUACAUUUGGUACUUGAACAGUCGACCUCUGACCCCGAGAGAGAACCAGAACAAACAUCUGAUCCUAGACCCAGUCAGCAGGGAGAAUGCAGGAAGCUACUCCUGUGCUGUGAAAACCAACAAAGAUAUCAGCUCUGCUCCAAAGACUCUCACUGUCCAAAGUAUCACAGGAACAUGCACACGAGGAGUUUCUGUAAUAAUUCUGAUUUUAAUGCUUCUCUUUUUCUUCUUUUUGAUUAGAAAAAAGUGGACUACGAGUCAGUCUCCCACAAACGAAACAUCAAACAAAGUAGUGGAGCUAAAUCCUGAUCCUGCGUGUGAAGACGUCUUAGCUCAACCACAGGUGGAGGAUGAAGUCCACUACAGCAAAGUCUACAUCUUCAAAAACCACACAGAUCCUCUUUUUUCCACCAUAGAGCCACUUCAGCCCAGAGAAGAGCAGCAUGCUGAUUACGCUGCUGUGAUGUUUAGACAUGAAACGAGCUCUGAUGGAGAAUCUGUUGUCAUUUCAACAGAAACAGACGACACUUAAAGACCUGCAGAAGUACACUGUGGUGAACAAGCCAUUUAACACACCUCUGCACCUCUCAUUUAAAUUUUUGUGCGUCGUACUUGAAUCUAUAUUUCACAUUAUUUAUACCUUUUUUCUGUAUUCAACACAACUAGAUU